GCUGACAGCCAUUAACAUAUUAUCCAUCUUCAACAGUUACAAAAAGCUUCAUAAUUUGACCAUAAACAAAAUCGAAACGCAGAAAAAACAAUGAUGAACAUUCGUUUAAACCCAAAGUUUCCCAUGUCCACUUCUAUCUUCAACUCCAAACCCAACAAAACUCUUCCAUCAAAACUCAAGAGCACGUUAAGCAGUGAAAACAACCCAACUGACCAAUCAUCAUCAUCUUCUUCUUCAGCUGGAAAAAUUAAACGCUUGGUUCUCUCACAAGAAGAAAGAACCAAAAUCAAUCCAUAUUCAGACAGGGAUUUCUACGCUUACCCACGGUUUGUGACCCACGUGGAUGAUGGAUUUAUCUCAACUUUAACUGACCUCUACAGAGAAAGGUUAAGACCUGAAUUUGAGAUUCUUGAUCUGAUGAGCUCGUGGGUUAGCCAUUUACCGAAAGAGGUUAAGUACAAGAGAGUUGUGGGUCAUGGGCUCAAUGCAGAAGAGCUUUCUAAGAAUCCCCAACUUGAUUAUUUCUUUGUUAAGGAUUUGAAUGAGGAUCAGAAAUUUGAAAUGGAGGAUUCCAGUUUUGAUGCAGUGUUGUGUACUGUUAGUGUUCAGUAUUUGCAGCAGCCUGAGAAGGUGUUUGCAGAGGUGUUUCGAGUGCUAAAGCCAGGAGGGGUUUUCAUUGUGAGCUUCAGCAAUAGAAUGUUCUAUGAGAAAGCAGUAAGUGCAUGGAGAGAUGGGAUAGAGUACAGUAGGGUACAGCUAGUUAAGCAGUACUUUCAAUCUGUGGAAGGAUUUACUGAAGCUGAAGUGAUUAAGAAAACACCAGGUGCUUCUGCAUCUGCUGAAGCUGCCCAAGGAGAUAAUAAAUUACCAUUUGGCUGGUCUUUGGGGUUACUGGGUUUGGCUGCCCCUUCUUCAGACCCUUUUUAUGCAGUGAUUGCUUAUAGAAACUUCAAGCCUGUCUAUGAAUGAAGAACAAAAAACCAAACAUCAACAUAUUCCACUUUACACAAACAAUAUGUAUUGAUUUUGCAUGUCUAUACUUUUAUUCUUUCUUCAUGAUGUCACCAUUGAAAGUGUAUUUUAUAAUAUUACCACAUUAUUAGACUGUAUAUUCUCAAUUCUAUAUGAAAAUAUUGUAAAUUACAUUAUCAAAUGUGCAAUUUUAUUUUCAAUUCUGAACUUAGAACA